AAAAGGGGCCUUGGUUACCCCCCGCGCAUGUUAGAAACCUGAUGGCUAGUAAAUCUGGUUCACCUUAUUACUUGAACAGAAAGAAAAGAGAGCAGUGAUACGCACCAGAGAAGCUCGCUCCAAAGUCCAAAGUAUAAACCCUAGCUUUGCUCCCAUCGCACUCUACUCACAUUCAUCGUCGGAAAAUAAAGGAGAACAAAAGGAAAAUCUGAAGUUUAUAAACCCUCCCGUUUGAAGACUGGGAAUUUUUGAAGAUUACGAAUGUUCUUUUCGUUGUUUGUUUUUUUCUGACAGGAGAAACGGAUUCUUCUGAUAGAGAUCGUUCAGGAUGACCCAAGACGUGGAAAUGAAAGAUCAUCCUGCUCCUUCGAACUCUGUUUCUUCGACUGUCCCAUCGACCUUACAGCAUUUGAAGGAGAUAGCAGCGCUUAUUGAGUCGGGGUCUUAUGCCAAAGAAGUGCGUCGAAUUGUGCGUGCUGUGCGUCUCACAAUGGCAUUACGGAGGAAGUUGACAGCUCCAGUGCUUUCAGCUUUUCUCAAUUUUGCUCUUGUUCCAGGUUCUGAGGCUUAUACCCGGCUAUCUGUGUAUCUUCCCAAGGAAGAUGAGCAGGACAUGGAAGUUGAUACAGCAGCUUCUGCUGUUCAAGCUCCAGGGAAGCAUUUGCUGCCAGAGCUUGAGAUAUACUGCCACUUGCUUGUGCUACUUUUUCUGAUUGACCAAAAAAAAUAUAAUGAGGCUAAAGCUUGUUCCUCUGCAAGCAUUGUUCGGCUUAAGAACCUAAACAGGAGAACUGUUGAUGUUUUAGCAUCCAGGCUGUACUUCUAUUACUCGUAUAGCUAUGAGCUCACAGGAAAUCUAGUUGAAAUUCGUGGCAAUCUCCUUGCCUUGCAUCGCAUUGCAACUUUACGCCAUGAUGAACUGGGCCAGGAAACACUUCUUAACUUGUUACUUCGUAAUUACCUCCAUUACAACCUCUAUGAUCAGGCAGAGAAACUGAGAUCGAAGGCGCCACGGUUUGAAGCACACUCAAAUCAGCAAUUCUGUAGAUACCUCUUUUAUCUUGGGAAGAUUCGAACAAUUCAGUUGGAGUACACUGAUGCGAAGGAGAGUCUCCUUCAGGCAGCUCGGAAAGCCCCUGUUGCUGCUCGAGGCUUCCGAAUCCAAUGUAAUAAGUGGGCUGUAAUAGUCCGUUUGUUGCUGGGGGAAAUACCAGAGAGGACAAUAUUUAUGCAGAAAGGAAUGGAGAAGGCUUUGAGGCCAUAUUUUGAGCUUACAAAUGCUGUUCGAAUCGGGGACUUGGAGCUGUUUAGGACGGUGGCAGAGAAGUUUUCUGACACAUUCAGUGCAGAUCGGACACACAAUCUUAUCGUUCGGUUGAGGCACAAUGUUAUUAGGACUGGGCUACGCAAUAUCAGCAUUUCCUACUCCCGCAUCUCCCUUGUUGAUGUUGCUGAAAAGUUGAGGUUGGAUUCUGAAAAUCCAGUUGCUGAUGCUGAGAGUAUUGUAGCGAAGGCUAUACACGAUGGUGCAAUCGAUGCCACGCUGGACCAUGCAAAUGGGUGCAUGCUAUCGAAGGAGACUGGCGACAUCUACUCCACGAACGAGCCUCAAAUUGCAUUCAACUCCCGGAUCGCGUUCUGCCUUAACAUGCACAAUGAAGCAGUUCGGGCACUGAGGUUCCCACCAAAUGCACACAAAGAGAAGGAAGGUGCUGAGAAGAGAAGAGAGAGGCAACAGCAGGAGCAGGAACUUGCGAAGCAUAUUGCAGAAGAGGAGGAAGAUGAUUUUUAAUAUAACAUGGUGUUCCAGGUUUUUUAGUUUUUGGUUGCCAAGUGAGCCUUUAUUUCAUUUUUUUUUUCUUCUAAAGAACUUCCAUAAUUUCUGCUUCGACCCUCUGCAAGGCUCUGUUUGAGUAUAUGUUUCUUUUUCAUAUAAUCAGGAUCACCAUCUUCUGUUGAAUCUUUCUUCCAAACCCAUGAUUGAUUGACAUUGUGUUCUUCGCUUAA